AUGAGAGACAAGCCGAUCUGGGAGCAGACCAGAUCCAGCUUCACGCAGCAUUACUACCAGCCGCUUGGUAACAACAGAACCCAUUUUGGCUCAAUUUACACGGAAGUGUCAUGCCUUGUGUGGGAAGGACAGCGAUUUCCGGGAGCAGCCGCCAUCAUGGAGACCCCGUCCAGCCUUCUGUUCCAGAUACUCCAGCGCAGCACUGUGGCGCCGGCCCAUCAGCCCAGGCCAGACGGCGGCAUCGCCAGCAUGGCUGUGGGCCAGCUUCAAGCCGAUGAAGACCCCGUCGUGGGGUUCCACCAGACGUUUCUAUUAAAGAGCAUCAACGGUGCUCGGGUUUGCACCCACGACAUGGUCAGGCAGGCUUGCCCAGCACACUUCGGCUGA